CGCGCCGGGUCGAAGCGGCUGGGAACAGGAGAUAGCGUGUAACUCGAUUUAUUACCAGCUGACCAUGAAUUGUGAACAUUAAAAUGUCAUUCACUGUUAGAAAUGUCCACCUAUCAGUGGUAGGCAGGUGAACGCUGCGCUAUGCCCAGUUUUACACUGAUGCUAAUAAUCUGUACUGGUAUAUUUUCUUUAUUUUAAAAACACAUUUCAUAAUAUUUAUUUUUCUGACUCUGUCAUGCUAAACUGUGCUACUAGUAUUGGUCAGAACAUGACAAAUAACAGUAAAAAGUCGCCACACCAGCAUUCAGGUUUUCAGAUGCCCCGUGAAACGUGUUUAGUUACUGUAGAUUUUGACUCGAAGCGGGCUGCAGUAAGAAAGAGGAAAGGCAGCGCCGAAAUCGUCACUAGAAAGGUUAAUAAGGAAUCGAGUCCAUUGAGGGAUGAUUUAGGAAAGACUUCACUGAAGAGGCCUGCAGUUACUACAGCCGGUGGUCUCAAUCUAAUAACAUUCAGUAUUUGUAAGGAGAGCAUGAGGCCAGUUAAGAAAGCCCUGAAACAGCUGGAGCUGCUGAAAGAUCUUCCCUUGGAGCAGCAGGUCCGCUCUACCAGAACACAGGUGCUCACGAUCGGGGAGCACGUCAGCACCUGCCUGGCAGAGUACACCACAGCACAGGAGGCCAGAUACUGGAAAAGGUAUUUAUGGAAAUUUGCAUCCAUCUUUUCAGAACACAAUGCUAGAACUCUGCGCAGACUGUAUAAGUAUUCACAGGUUAAUCAAGAGGACAAAUUUAUGAAGACAUACUGGGGAACAGGGUUCCCAGGCCCUGCCCAGGUCCAGUCUCUUGAAUGUAAGCAGUUGUACAAUGCAUGGGGCCUGCCUGUGGACUCGAGCAGUUCAGACCUUGGCAGGGGCCAGUCAGCAGUAGAGGACCAGCACUUGACUGACAGGCACACUGACGGGAGCCUUCCAGGCAGGGUACAUCCGGAUACUGCUGCUGCUGAUUGGCUGGUGGUGUUUCAACUGCCCUCCGAUUUUCGUUCCCUGUUAUGUCAUUUCCAUUAUACUUGAUGGCUUGGAUGGGUACGCAGCCCGGCGCCUCAAUCAGAUUUCGGAGUUUGGAGCCUGGCUGGAUGUCGUGAUUGAUAACCUGGGACGAGGGAUGCUGUGGAGCGCCUUGUUUGAGUGGGGAUAUUUUGUUUCUGCGUUAGAAUGGUGUGUGUUCGUCUGCACACACAGCUGCAUGGGUGCUGAGUGGAAGAGCCGCUUCGGAUGCAGCCCCUGGUGGAUCCAGAGAGUCACAGCAAACGGUUUUAAGAGCCCGCUGGGUGUGCUUUGUAUAUCCGGGCUGCACGUCCUGCCUGUCUGGCUAUACGGGUAUCAGAAAGGAGUCCUGACAGAGGUUCUCUUUGUCCCAUUUACACUGCAGUGCUGUGGAAUAGCCAUCCUCACUGCAGGCAGGCUCCUGUGCUUUGCUGUGGAGGUGUGGUGUCUCGGGAUGCACAUUAAGUUUCUCACAAGAACUGACCAGAAGACAAAGGAAAAAGACUGAAGCUCCUCUGUGUCCCAGACACUCUUGUGUGUAUUUCAAAAGGAGUGCUGUUCCGUUUUAAAUAUAGAUUUCAGGAGAUCAGGCUACAAUGAAAGAGAUGGAACACAGCUAAGCAGACUUGUCUAGAAGCUGUUUCUAACAAAAGUUUGUUUUGUGAUAUUUUGCUUUUAGAGUAAUGAGAAAUGAAAUCUCCAAGUGCAGCAACAAGAGCUGAAAGUUCAAUAAAAUAUUUUGUGAAAUAUAAGAUGAAUAA